AUGGCACAUUGUCAACUGUAUAAUUUGGCAUUUGUUUUGGUUACUGUGAUGUGGACAGUUCAUCCGGUUGAAGGAUAUUUUCCAGAGCUUCUGGGAUUUUUUCUUCACUGUUCCAACGAGCCCUGUGGGCAACGGGAAACCAUGAACUAUGUGAAGUCUUGCCUCUUUGGAUGUAUUUGCAAAAUGGGCAGGAUUCGGAAGUUCGCUAUCUGUAUUCCAAUUGCCCAAUGUGACGAGAGGACUCCUUUAACCAAGGAGUAA